GAGGAUUGCCCCAUUGCCAGAGGAGCCCCCCAAAAAAGAGGACCCUGACCCAUUUCUCUGACCCACACCCCUGUGGAAUGCCUUCUGGCAUGUUUAGCAUCGACAAUAUUUUGGCUGCCAGACCUCGCUGCAAGGAGUCAGUCCUGCUCCCACAGAAUGGCCCUGUGGUGUUCUCCAGCCUAGGGGACUCUCUCUAUGGGGGUGCAGACUACAGCGGAUUUUACAAUCGAGCAGUGGCCCCCGCGUCCUCCCUGCAGGCUGUGAAUGGAGCUAGGCUGGGAUUCAAUAACUACUAUUAUGGACAGUUACACUUACAGGCUCCAGUGGGACCCUCCUGCUGUGGGGCCAUUCAGCCCUUGGGGGCACAACAGUGUUCUUGUGUCACAGCAGCCACAGGUUAUGACGGGACAGGCACGGUUCUGAUGCCCCCUGUGCCCCACCAGAUGUUGCCCUAUAUGAAUGUUGGCACACUGUCCAGAACAGAGCUACAGCUCCUCAACCAGCUGCACUGUAGGAGGAAGAGGAGGCAUCGGACCAUCUUCACAGAUGAGCAGCUGGAAGCUUUGGAAAACCUGUUCCAGGAGACCAAGUACCCAGAUGUGGGCACCAGAGAGCAACUGGCCAGGAGAGUCCACCUGAGGGAGGAGAAAGUGGAGGUAUGGUUCAAGAACCGCAGAGCCAAGUGGAGGAGGCAGAAGAGGUCUUCCUCAGAGGAGUCAGAGAACGGACAGAAGUGGAAUAAAGGCUCCAAGUCUGCCACAGACAAAACAGAGGAGCAGGGCAGACGGGAGCUGGACUCUGACAGCUGACCCAUUGGAUGUGGUGGAGGUCAGGGGACUUGCACACAGGAGGCUGCCCAGUUGCACAGUGGUGGGACCUGUACAUAGAGGGUUACUUUACCUGUAAAUAAAUGUGUGUUGCCGACAUGUUGCACAGAUAUACACUGUACUGAAUGUGCUAUUUAUACCGUAAGUUAAAGGAAUUGAUGACAAUAAACCAG